UAGUUGCCAAAGGGCGUCUGCUUUUAAAUCUCCGCUUUCUCGUAGCUGAUUCUCAGAGCUUCCCCAAAGCUCGCACUCUUUCCCCUCACUCUUUGUAUCUUGACGGACAGUCUUUCCCUGCGAUCGACCAAUUGGAUCGACGCUGCUCACUCAAGUGGUAUCACUCACUCAGUCAGUCAUGAAUCUCUCCUCGAUCAUGGGCGAGUACACACAGCAUGACAAUUUCACGGCCGUGGCCUCGCUCUCGCUCGUCCUCGCCGCCGCGAUUGCGCUCCUCGCUGCCUUGUACUCCCGGCUGAGGAACUCCAAGCGCCCGCCGCUGCCCCCAUCGCCGCCCUCCAAGCUCAUCACCGGCCACCUCCACCUCCUGGACCAGCUUCCCAAUCAGUCCCUGUACAAGCUCGCCAAGAUCUACGGCCCGCUCAUUCAGCUCCGCCUGGGUGUGGUGCCGGUGGUGGUAGCGUCCACCGCGGAGAUGGCCCGGGAGUUCCUCAAGGUGAACGACUCCGUGUGUGCGUCCCGGCCGAGGAUGGCCGCCCAGAAGAUUAUCACGUACAAUUUCACGGACAUCGGGUGGGCCGCGUAUGGUGCUCACUGGCGGCAGCUCCGUAAGAUUUGCACGCUGGAGCUCUUCACGCACCGGCGGAUGCAGGAGACGGCGAAGGUUCGAGCCCGGGAGCUGGCAGACACCAUGGCCGGCAUUUACCGCGACCGGGAGACGAGCAUCAACAUGAACACCCGGAUCUUCUCGCUCACCAUGAACGUGAUCAACCAGAUGGUGAUGCGCAAGAAGCCAUUCUCCGGCUCCGACACCACGGAGGCGCGGGAGUUUAUCGACCUCAUUAAUGGAGUCUUCAUGGUGUGGGGAGCGUUCAACAUUGGAGAUUACAUUCCGGGACUUUCCAUCUUUGACUUCCAGGGGUAUAUCGGCAUGGCCAAGGUCCUCCACAAGAAGCUCGACCAUCUCCUAGACAAGGUAAUUGAGGAGCACAUCCAGCGGCGGAUGGCCAAGUCGGACGAGCCGCCGGACUUCGUGGACGUGCUUCUCGCGCUCACGCUCGAGGACGGGAGCAAGGUCAGCCACAAGACGAUCAAAGGCAUAAUUGUGGACAUGAUAGCCGGAGGAACCGACACGGCAGCUGUUACCAUCGAAUGGGCCCUCUCCGAGCUCAUGCGAAAGCCACACAUCCUCAAGAAGGCCCAGGAGGAGAUGGACCGAGUCGUAGGGCGGGACAGGGUGGUGGACGAGUCCGACUUGCCAAACUUGCCAUACCUCGAGUGUAUCGUCAAGGAGGCACUCCGGCUCCAUCCCUCGGUGCCCAUCCUCCGCCACGAGUCCAUCGAAGACUGCGUGGUUGCCGGCUACCGGAUCCCCAAGGGAACGGGUAUCAUGAUUAACGUUUGGGCGAUUGGGAGAGACUCAGCAACCUGGGAGAACCCAAUGGAGUUUGAUCCGGACAGAUUCAUAUCGGCUGGUAAUACUUUGGACGUGCGGGGCAAUCACUUUGAUCUCAUUCCCUUCGGUUCCGGGCGGAGGAUGUGCCCAGGAAUGCCGCUGGGCAUCAGCAUGCUGCAGAUGAGCCUUGGCCGAUUCAUCCAGUGCUUCGACUGGGGGCUGCCACCGGAGAUGAAAUCAGCCGAGGAGAUCGACAUGACGGAGACCUUCGGGCUCACGGUUCCUCGCAAAUAUCCCUUGCAUGCAGUGCCUAUUCCGCGGCUGCCGGCCCAUCUCUAUCAAGCUUGAUCCAAACAAAAGGUGAAGUUCCAAACGAAGAGAAAGCGCAAAGAAAAGAGAGAUAACUCUCUCCAUCCUCAAUAGUCGUAUUUCAAUUUGAGUAGUGUGUACAUGUCGUGGUUUUAGAAAAUGGAUGUGGAGCCAGGCAGUCCAAGGGAUGUCGGGAGGUCUAUCAUCCAUCAAGAAACACAGGGUCAAGGGUGAUAAUAAAUUUAUUUUUAUGCUUAAAUCUAUAGAAUACGGUGCAUUAGCCAGCACUGAUCAAGUUUUUUGGAAUGAAUAACAACCGACAUGUUUAAGUGA